AUGACACCUCCCACGCGCCGCCGCUCGCCGGCGACGAUCCCCGUCGUCCGGUACCUCCUCGGCGAGCACCGCGUCCCUUGCUUCCUCGCUGGAUUCUCCCUCGCCGCCCUCUUCUUCAACGCAUUCCCCCUCUCCACCACCACCACGACAAUCCUACAAACCUCCGACCUGGUCCGGGUCGACCCGCUCGCCCGGCGGGUCCUGAUUGAGCAGCCCGGCGCGACGAUGGUCGGAGGGAAAGUGCCGCAAGGGCUGAAGAGGAAAGGCAACCGGAUCCUGGUCACCGACGGGGCGGGUUUCGUCGGGAGCCACCUGGUGGACUGGCUGAUUGGGCGAGGGGACAGCGUGAUCGACAAUUUCUUCACGGGGAGGAAGGAGAACCUGAUGCAUCACUUCGGGAAUCACCGGUUCGAGCUGAUUCGCCACGAUGUGGUCGAACCGAUCUUGCUCGAGGUGGACCAGAACUACCACCUGGCUUGCCCAGCUUCCCCCAUGUUCAUUAAAAGAACGUUGAACAUGCUUGGUCUAGCAAAGAGGGUCGGGGCGCGGUUCUUGCUGACGAGCACCGGCGAGGUCUACGACGAUCCACUGCAGCCAGGGGCGGACCCAGGGCAUCCUCAGGUGGAAACUUACUGGGGCAACGUCAAUCCAAUCGGGGUGAGGAGCUGCUACGACGAAGGAAAGCGGACUGCUGAGACGCUCACCAUGGACUAUCACAGAGGUGUCGGCAUUGAGGUGAGGAUCGCUCGGAUAUUUAACACGUACGGGCCUCGGAUGUGCAUCGACGACGGCCGAGUGCCGAUGACGGUCUACGGCGACGACAAGCAAACCAGGAGCUUCCAAUACGUUUCCGACUUGGUGGAGGGGCUGGUGCGGUUGAUGGAGAGCAAGCACAUUGGUCCCUUCAAUCUUGGCAACCCUGGGGAGUUCACCAUGCUGCAGCUAGCCGAGGUGGUCCAGGAGACAAUUGACCCAAAGGCGAGAAUCGAGUUCAAGCCCAAUACAGAAGACGACCCGCACAUGAGGAAGCCGGACAUUACGAAGGCGACGGAGUUGCUCGAGUGGGAGCCGACGGUGUCUCUCCGGAAGGGACUCCCGAUGAUGGUUUCCGAUUUCCGGCAACGCAUCCUCGGCGAACAGAAGGCUUUCUCGGCUUGA